GGACGAGUGAAGUACCGCGAUAUUUGGGCCUUCCCUUGAAGGCUUCUAGCGGGUUCCUGAGUCACACAUUACUUCUUGGAGCCCCUGCUCUGUGGGCUCAAGGAGCCCAAAGGCACCAGACGCCACAUGGAACCAAGAGCCUCCAGUCCAGCCACCAGACCCCAGGUGGAGAGAAAAUUCCGCAUUCUCGUUGGUGUCACUGGCAGUGUUGCUGCCCUGAAGUUGCCUCUUCUGGUGUCGAGGCUUUUGGAUGUUCCUGGGCUGGAAGUCACAGUGGUCACAACCGAGAGAGCCAAGCAUUUCUACAGCCCCCAGGACGUUCCUGUCACCCUCUACAGUGACACUAAUGAGUGGGAGAUGUGGAAGCACCGCUCUGACCCGGUUCUGCACAUUGAACUGCGGCGAUGGGCAGACCUGAUGCUAGUGGCUCCUCUAGACGCCAACACUCUGGGGAAAGUGGCCAGUGGCAUCUGUGACAACUUGCUUACCUGUGUCAUUCGGGCUUGGGACCGCAACAAGCCCUUGCUCUUCUGCCCUGCCAUGAACACAGCCAUGUGGGAGCACCCGAUCACUGCACAGCAGGUGGGCCAGCUGAAGGACUUUGGCUACACUGAAGUUCCCUGUGUGGCCAAGAAGCUGGUGUGUGGAGACCAAGGUCUAGGGGCCAUGGCGGAGGUGGAGACCAUUGUGGAUAAAGUGAAAGAAGUCCUCUCCCAGCAUCGUAGCAUCCACUAGUGUUGAACUUGGCCUUCUGUUAUGGGCAUUGUCCUGCCUCAGUGUGUUUUCAGGCUGGAAGGAAAGAGGAGGUUAGCUGAAUCUGGUGAAGGCUCCAGUGUUUGCUGAGAAGGUAUCUGGCCUGUGUCUGCUUGGAGCUUUCCCAGGGACCUGACCUGCUCCAGGCCAGACUGGACUGAGGGCUCAGGCCCCACCUUCUUUGAAUAACAGAUGCCUGCUUUUUGGGAUCCCUCCUCAUCGCUUCCUGGAAUGAGCACAGCAAGCCAGUGAGGCUGUUCUUGUUCCCUUGGGAGGGGAACUCAGGGACUGGGAGAUCUUGAUUCCUCUUUUCCCCCAGGAAUUGGUUUUGGGAACACCAUGGCUGGAGAUUACUGGCUUGGUGGCCCUGGACAUUCUUUGGUGGAGAGACAAGAUGUCAUACAGAGGUGGCAAGAUGAUCAGAUUCCCAUACACCAUCCUGUGAGAUUGAGAGUGCUGGAAAAUAAAGAAAAAUGACUUUGUAGUAGA